CGAAUUGGCGCGCGAAGAAAGGUGGAAGAACGUUCGGAGGAUGGCGCCUCGCUUGGACUUGCGAUUGGAGAAGCUGAUUGACAGGGCUUUGAAACACAGUGAUUUUCAGACUCUGGAAAACUUUGUGCUACAUGAUAAUAAUGAGGAGGUCACCCCAAAAUGUUCUAAAAAUUUCAUCAACAAACUCGAUAAAUUAAUAAACCGGGAAAUGAAUAAGGGCAACAUAAAGCAUGCCUGUCUUGGACUUAGUUGUCUACACAAGUUUGAGAAAAUUUUGAUUGCACCAGCUGCUCAAGAAUUGACAGGAAAGGUUAUGGUUAACCAGGGGCUUGUUCAAAAGAUGGUGUCAUGGUUUGAGAAGGCACGAAAGUUAUGGAUUGAGAAUGGGAAACUCAGGAAUGAGGCGUUGCUUGGCCUUGCAGAGGACUUUCUAGAUGCUCUGCUGGCCUUUUAUAAUAGUAGUAAAGAGGGAAAAUGUCAAGUGACAGAAACCUUUCUGCAUCAUAUUGGCCACUUAGCUACAGAACCACGAGUUCAAAUCCUGAUCCAAAAAGAGGCGAUUCGAAAGCUGAAUGUUAUUCUAGAUUCAGUCCCACCAGAACUGAAAAAAGAAAGAAAAAUUCUGUUUUCAGAGGAAGCUUUGGCUCUCAUGAAGAAGCUGGCAAGUAGAAUCCCUGAAAGUGGAGAUUAUGAUCUGCAGGUUUCCCUUAUGGAGGCCCUCUGCCGAAUGACCACCCCCAGACAGAGAGAGGAGCUCGCCUUCUCCUGGUUCAAGAUGGACUUCGUCAUCACUGCUUUCCUUAAAAUCAAAGACUCUGAAUUUGAGACUGAUACCCGCAAGUUUCUCAAUCUGUUGAAUGGUAUGAAAGGGGACAAGAGAAGAGUGUACUCAUACCCAUGCCUGGAGGUGUUUCUGGGCAAACAUGAGCUGCUGAUGCCAUCAGAUGAGAACCUGGAGGAGUUCUGGGUCGACUUCAACCUGGAAAGUCAGAGCAUAUCCUUCUACUUCUCUAUAGCAGAUGAGGGGGCACAAGAUGGUCAGUGGGAUACAGUGUGCAUCUCUGACAAUGAGGUCCACCACUACACAGUUAAAGAGGAGGUCAAUAGGAAGGUACUGAGGCUGUUACUGAUGGAGCCACUGGGUCUGAGUGGCAUAGAGGGCUCUGAGCUCAUCAUCCACUUCAGCGCUUCCCUCGACAUCCUGCAUGCCACGGACAGUGUGUAUGGCUCUGCAAAGCAUGCGAAAUUUGUCGGAAAGACCAGCAGCUCUGUAGUUAAGACCACUGUGCAGAUCAGUCUUGAUGACCGAAAUUCUCAGGCGGUCAUUCCCGAGACUCAGCUAUCAUCGGCAGCCAGCAUGAACAGGGAGCAGCCCCAAGUGUUGGAGAGCUACUCUACACAGAAUGAUGCACAGCCAGGGUCCCAAGAGGAGUGGGCAGGCAAGCCCUGUCUGAUUCAGACAUCAACGCCUCUCUUACAGACUGUCACGCCAGCCAAAAGGAAAGUGUCCAAGUCCAGCACCUUUAUCACCAGUAGUUGCAGUCACAAGGUGGGCAUGAGCCCCUUAACUAGCGUGCUGAUGACGGCAACCCCACUCUCGAGGGGUAAGGUUAAAGCAGCACUUCAGAUUGUCAGCUCCUCAGAAAGGAGGAAUGAUACCAUCAGAAAUCUGAAGAUGAGCAAAACCUGUCACAGUGCAGCUGCUGCAGCCACACAGUGCCAGAGCAAAAGUGAACAGGACAGUGUAGCACAUCCCGCAUUACAGAACAAGGGCAUCAGGCUGGACUCCAGGCCUGUGGCUGUAGCCCAGAACUUCCACAGGAACAUCCCUGUUGAUAAAGUGGUAGAGAUGGUGCAGGCCAACCUGGCAGCCCAAGGAGAAACAAACAAAAACAUAGUGAGAGAUUCUCAGUGUUCCAAAAAACCAGAGCAGUCCCUGCUGCACAUCCAAACAAACAAGGAAACCAGCUGGCGCAAAUUUUCUGUGACUGAGGUGCUGCUUCCUGGUCAGAGGGAUCACUCGCGUGGAUUGCCUAAGCAGUGUGAAAGUCCUGUCCCCAUAACUCAAACACACCUAACUGCACCAGAUCGGCAGCCUUCUCAUACUGUGGAGAUGCAGCAGAGUGUGGGAGAAAUCAGCCACCAGCAGUUCCACACCCAGCUUACCCAGAGGCUGGAGGAGCUGCUUCAAGCACGGGAACAGGAGAGCCCUGCCAGCAGGAGAAGGCAGAGGAAGGCAGGAGGCCAAGCUGCACAGCAAGGCACAGUCCCAGGACCACAUAAGACACAACAGAAACCCCUGAAGCACGAAAGCAUGGGCCCCAGCAGCGGGCCAGAGGUCACCAGUGCAGAAAGCAGCAAACAGAAGAAAGGUGGGUCGGCAGAUCUCACAAGCCGCAUGAUGAUGUUUAUCUCCAACCGAUAUAAAAGCACUACAACUCCCUCUGCCCCAGUGUCCGAGCCUUGCUGGAUUUCUGCAGGGACAAAGAGUGUGGAGAAAAGCUGGUCCUUUGUGCCAAAGUGCAAAGACUCAGAUCCAUUUCUAAAACCAUCCAGUCACCUGAAAGUAGCGACAGGGCUACCUGACAAUGAUGUGUAUGAUUUCCAUGGGAGCACACCACAGACAAACAAGCAGGGACACAAGAAGCAGUCUAGCACGAAAAGCAGUACUUGCAGGGAGCGUGUAAGUGUUGUGGAAACAUCUGUGAAGAAAGGUCCAUCGCCUGUGAAGACCCAAAGCCGCUGUGUUAAAAAGCACCUGUUCAGUGACACCGACACAGACCACAAGACAGACGUCAGCUGGCUCAAGGAUUCCACUAAGAAGCCCAGGCUAAAAAUUGUACAGUACGGCAGGCAGAACCCCCAAAGAUCUGCCCCAGCCGCAGAUGAGUCUGCGGAUUUACCUCCGGCACAGCCAAAGCCACUGGACUUGUUGUCCAAACCUAAAAAGGCAAAACUGAAAAGGAACAAAAGGGAAAAGGAAAACAUGACUCCCCCAGUACAGAGCAGACUGUUAGGUCGGCCCCAGAGAGCCAGUGCCGUGUUCAAGAGCUACAGAGAGCCAUCUGACUUCAGCAGCAGCAGCCAAUCAGAGGAGGAGGCACCCCGACACCCGCAGUGGCAGCCCAAUAUAAAGAUGGUCGGCAGGAAGACAGAGAGGGCUGUGAAGACCACAAAGCAGUCGAGGGCAAAGAAUUUGUCUCCUCCUCCUUUGAAGGAUGGAACUGGGAAGCAGAAAGAGUCCUGGGCAGCUCGAUUUUCAGCUACAACUUCCCCCCUUGCCCCCAUCGAGAGGAUGAGAUCUGCGGAUAAGCCGAUGUUGUUAGCAAGGUCUCCGAUUAGUCCCCUCUGCUCCGUGUCCAUGUCCCCUGUUGGCAUGUCACCCCUGGAGACACCUUGCCCUGAAAAGGGGAAUCAGACGGACUCUUUCAACACAAGCAGCAGAGACAAUGUUGGCACAGAGGUCCCGUGCCCCCCCCAGCUCUCUUCUGUGGGUAGGAAGUCUAGCAUCCCUCCGCUGGCACCAAGCUGCCCCUCACAGCCCCAACCAAGCCCCAUCAAAUCAGUCGUCAACCCCGUCGAGCCCCUGCUGACCUCAACGGCCCUGGAGAUGUCUGGGCCAAGGUCUUGGUUGAAUUGCAAAGUCCCAGAGGAGCAGCUGCAAGAGUCUGAGAACAGUCCUGUCUUGUCUGCCGCUUCCCUGAAGGACUCGCUGGUCUUCAUGGCAACUCAGAGUCAGGGUGCACUGGAACUUGCCAGCAGCCCUGUUGUGCCUACUGGUGAACAGGAGAAGACUCCUGAUCCGUCCUCCAGGCGAUCCAAGCCUGUUCAGUUUAACGAGCAUCAAUCAGGGCCCUGUCUCACUCUCAAGCGCCGGGCCUCCCCUCCUGGGUCCAGCAGCUCUGAAGAGCGGUGGCAGAAGAAGCGUGACAGGCUGAGAGACUGUGGUGACAGGCUGAAGCCUAGGAAGCUGUUUCAACCCCAAAUGAGCCACUUGAGGUCUCCUGUUUCCCCCCCCAUCACCCCAUCAGCCUCAACGUCUAGCCAAAUGGGACCAACACCUCCAAAGGUUCUGGAGAACACCUUUGAGGGGGAAAAUGAGGAGAAUGAGGAAAGUGGUUUUGGAAAGGCCAGAGGAGCCCUUGGUGUACAAAGGGAUCGCACGAUUAACACAUACAUAGUGUCCAGCUGCUGGGAGGACAAGGUGGACACUGAGGACCUGAGCCUGCAAGACCUCGAUGGUACCCAGAACCUCGGAUCCGCUUGCCACCAGCUUAACUCUGAUUUGCAGAGAAAAUUAAAGAAUCACUCUAGGAGAAUGAGCCUCUUUUCCAAACAGUCACUAAAUAUGAUGCAGCAGCACGUUUCCACAGCCUGUGUACAGGUGCAUCAGUACAGGAUUCGCAGUCUAGAGAACAUCAAAGCAGAUCUCUUACAAGAGAUACGGAAAAUGGAAGAGGAGGAGUCCACUCUGAAAAACAUGGAAAAGGAACUGACUGUUUAUUGGGGUAAGCAGUACCAGGCUUUUCGCUCCAUCAAGGAGAAAGAUGCGCACAGGCUGCAGCAUCUGAGGAACACAUUCCAGGCUAAUGGGUGUCAUGGUUUAGAGAAUGAGCACCGGAUCUUUCAUUCUGAGAUAUGCUUGAUGAAGAAAAACAUGAAGUCCAUACAAGAUAAGCUCUUCAGGGACAUGCACAAGGAAAGUCUCUUGAGUGUUCACAGAGCGCUUCAGGCCUGGUAUCUGCCUGGAAGGGUGGGACUUUAACUCCAAGAGGACCUAGGUUUUCAGCAAUUUUUCAUAUUUUUACAUUGUUGUCUCUGCUGUGUAAAUGUGGGAAAGAAGAAACUUCAAUUCCCCAGUAUUGUUACUUGAUUCAAUUGAGAACAUUCACUAAAAUGAACAUUUGAAGAAAUAUUACUUGGUUUGAAAUCUUUUAAGCAAUUGUAAGAAGCUACAGUUAUUGAGAUCUCUUGCUGUGUUUGUCUUCUGUUCAGUGUUGGUUUUAGAAAUAGUCCAGUGAAUUUAGGGUGGUUGUUUUUAAUCUUAAUAUGGUUUUAUUGAAUAAAUUAUCUCUGGUAUGGCA